CUAAAAGGGCUUAAGAAAACAUUGUGGCUGCCUUACUGUGGACUGGAGCAAUUGGCUUAAAGGUCUGUUUUGGUGUUUUCUCGCGGUACAAGAUCUUGGUUUGUAUCAUUCAGUUCUCACCAGGAGGUCUGCCCAGUGCUUGCCCUUCGUUCACUAAAAAAGAAUGGAAUCCGGAUCCAUCCCAAAAGGAAAGACCGGGAAAUGAAGAGUGAACGACGGCUUGGAUUUCAUGAUGGCUUAGGCUGAAAGGGAAAGGGACUUUAGUCUGCAGAGACGUCGUCGCCACCAGAAAAUCUGGCUUGAUUUUAGGAGUUCUUAAAUGCAGCGCCAGAGCAGGUGGCUUGGCAUGGAUUAAAAGGCUCUUUGUGGCUCUUAUUUAUACAUGGCUGGUUUGCUUGCAUUUCUUUGUGCUGGUACGUUUUUUUCCCCUAAGAAUUAAGGUGUAGACAUGCAUUUGGAUGUCUCAGUUGAGAUAGGUGAGAGUGGGUUGGUUCAGCAUGCUGAUGAAAAGAGAAGAGAAGUAUGGUUUUAAGUUGUUUCAGCUGACAGGCAUUUAAUGCACGUCAAGGUUGGCAUGUUGCUGCCAUUGUGAUGUGCAGUGUUUUUCUUAAGCGGGAAAUGUGGAGACAAGGUGAGGGAGCUGAUUUGUUAGUUUAAUUUUGACUUUAGUAGGUGAUGGGCUGUCCUGUUUUAAUAUUUUUAAGAACUCUAUUUUAUAUCUGGUCAUUUUUUCUUGAGCGGAAAAUGUGGAGACAAGGUGAGGGGGCUGAUUUGUUAGUUUAGUUCUGACUUGGGUAGGUGAUGGGUUGUCCUGUUGGAAUAUUUUUUAAGAACUCUAUUUCAUAUCUGGUCAUAGCAAUCACUUCUGUUUUGUGACAUCCAGUUACUUGCUUUUUAUCAUGUUGGUGGGCAUGUAUUUUUCUUUUUUCCUGCAAAGAUAUAUAAUGCUUUAAGCUUUGCUUUUGGGUGUACUGGCUCCUAACUUUUUCCCCGUGUUCUACUAAGACAAAGGUUAGUUUUUUAAGAUUAUUCUUUGCUUUUCCUCAACUUUAGUUUCAAAUCAAUUUGGGUUGCAAGUUAUGAACUUUACUGUGUUUUUAAGAUUUGGCUCUUUUUAGUUGUCUUUAAUUUUUUUUACUUUUGUUGAACGAUUAUUUGUAGCAUUGUUUGUUGCCUUUUUUGUUAUUAGUAAAAUACCAAUCCUUAUGCCCCAAUAACAUUUGACUAUAAACAUUCAGCAAAUCAAAGUUAAUAGCAUUAGCCCCGAAGACCCUCCAAGCACAAAAAUUACCUUAGCCUUCUUCUAGCCCCUAAAGAGUUUCAUAUAAUAUGUGUGUUUGGUGGGAUAUGAAUUAGGGGGGUUAAAGAAAAAGAAACAAAUAUGUUCCCGAUAAGAAUAAGGUAAAAUCACACAACUCAUAAAAGCUUUGUUUGCUCUGACACAGAUUUUGGGAUCUUUCUCUAAACUCUAGACAGUUAUAAACAGGGCAAGUUGUUAAGAAAUUGAAACCGGCCAGUAGUUAAGCUAAGCAUGAUUCUAUCUGACACCUGUUCCAAAGUUUUUAUCUUCUUAUAGAAUUGUUAAAGGAGAAAAUGCCUUACUCUGGCGACAUGUAUCCAAAUGUACCCACAAGACGUGUAAGGGGAGAUGCACUUCCAACCUUAGUUAGUUUUGUUAAUCCAAAAUCUGCAACCUGUACAAUAAAGGAUUCAGUACAGCUAUGUGAAAAAGGCUUAAAAUGGGACACCAUCAUAAGAAAAAUAUCAAUCCAACCUUUCCCCUGAAGUUCUUGCAUAUCAGUAUGUUUGCUGAUUUAAUAUCACGAUGAAUAUAAACAGGGACAAUAUGCUCAUGGAUAUAUUCAAGACCUCUAGCUGAAUCAAGGGCAAUCUAGAAAAAACAGAGCUUAAUCUUCUAGAACAUUUAACACUGUUUGGCCAUGGCAGCCUACAGAGUUUGACAAUUGCGCUGCACGCUUUAGGGAAUUUAAAGAAAAAUUACAGCAGAAUGGAAAGACCACAGAAUUUUCAUAGAGUUUCAGCGAAAAACCUCAGUAUAUCUUCACUACUUUUUUUUUACACGCCUUUCCGUAACCUGGAGUAGAAGUGUAGCACCUAAAAAAACAAAAGAUUUUCAAUCAACAACACAGGAGAUUUAGGGUAAGUGUUUUUUGUUCCAUCUGGUUUUGGAUUAAAAAAAUUAUGGGUUGAGAUGAAUGAAUUUGUUAUUUGAGAUGAGGCAUUAAACAAGUAUGUUGUAUCACUUUGUGUUCAAUUCUCUCUAUAUGGGCAAGGCAGUGAAAGUAUUUUCAUAAUUAUUUUCUUUUGAUUUUCAUAAUCGCAUGUUUUUUUUUAUUGUUGUUAUUAUCCAUCUCUCAAGUUCAGAUUUGCUUGGUGACUUUCUAUUUUUAACCAUUUGUUGCAGGCAUGGUAUUCCAAUUAGUGUUGAGCUAUCUCUAGGUUGCAGAGAGUUGUAACACCACCUUUUUCCUCUGUCACUCAAGUUACAGGUUGCUUUAUUUUGUGUGGAUUUUCUCAGAAUCUUUAAUCGUGUAGGCUAUUAAUUUUGCAUUUUUAUUAUCAUUUUUAUUAUCAUUCUGAUCCAACUAAUUCUCCUUUCAUUUUAUUACAAAAAACUCUUUUGUUCACAAGGAAAACCAAAUCUUAACAGUACAGCCGCCUCUCUUUGGUACUUCAAUCCAGACAUACCAGAAUGCUUGGCAUAUAAACAUUUCUUUGCACAACUACCUGUUGAAAUACAACAACUCCCUUCAUCAUCAAAUGUUGUUUUAUCGAUAGAGGAACAAAUCAAAGAAAAUAGGAGAACAAUACAUGAGAUUCUUUGCAUGAAUCCUUAUGAGCACAAGCAUCUAAGAUUCACAUGUCAAGCUUCGAUUGUUGACUUUGAUUUUCCCAAUGGCUGGUGGUAUCCAAGCUGUCCAAAAUGCAACAAAAAUCUUAGUGGGGGCGAAAACAAUUACACAUGCAUGGAUCAUGAUGCUAUCACCUCUCUUCCAAUUCCAUGGUUUCGCUUAGAAUGCAUUGUUACCGAUGGAGAAGAUGUCACUAAUUUUCUUCUAUUUGGGAAAACUGCUGAGAACUUUUUUGGAUCAUCGGCCCACCAUUAUGUCUAUGAUAAAAAAUUUAUUGAUCCCUCAGUUCUUCCUCCUGCCAUGGCAGCAAAGUUAAACAAAAGCAUGAUUUUUCAGCUUCGAUUUGGUGCUUUCAGAUCCAUCACCAACAGAUGUGAGGUUAUCAUUACUAAUAUCUUUGACAACAGCACAAAUAAGAGCAUCCAUCCUCUAGAAACAGCAACUCCAGAAGCUAAAUCAUCUCCUACAUCCAAGACAUCUACUCCAUUAAGCUAUAUGAAACAGGUUCUCAAAGCUCCAUCAACUCCACAAAAUACUGUCACACAACUCAAGAUUGCUCCUGAUUCCUUGGAGACACCACCUCAGAACAUAUCACCAAACAAUGAAACAAGCAUAAACAGUGAAGCACGACGUGCACUUGAUUUUGAAGAUGCAACACAGCAGCUCAUUCAUGAAGAUGAGCAUGACAAAGCAAUUGAAGUCCAAGGAAACCUGGGAAACAUAGCUACAUCUGAGACAUUUGAUCACUCACUUCCACCUUUGAAAAAACAACGGGCAACAUCCUCAUCUUCAUCGAAGAAAAACUAGCAAUUCCUCUACAAAUGACUUGGAUUUAGAUUCCUGUAGCAAGAACAUGGAGAGGAAUCUGGCAGCUUAUUUCCACUUUUGAUGUUGUUUAUAACUUAAUCUAUAUUAUCAUGAUUGCUGCCUCUGUAAUUUUGAUAUAGUUUGGAAACAACAAUGUCCUUUAAGUGCUCAGCAAUCUGACAGCUUAUUUGCAUUUUGUUGUUUAUAACUUAAUCUAUAACUUUAUCUAUAUUAUCAAACCUUUGAUACUA